AUGACAACGACUAUGAUGAUGGAGGCAUCGUCGCCGCUCGCAGCUAUGCAACAGCCUAUGUUCAUGAACAGAUGUGGAUUUGGUCAGGAUGCAAUGUCAUAUGCCUCUUUUGCUCGAGCCAACUUUGGACCCGACAGCUUCAAUUUCAGAGAUCUCUCUAUGAUGGGCAGAAGGGAACGAGACUAUUUCAGUAUGCCUCCUCCUGUGCGAGGCUCUUCUCCAACUGCCAGUCUGGCUGCGGACCUUUCACAGAACAUGAAUAUCGACAGGAGUCCACAAUAUCCUACUCCUAGACGAGCUCUCUUCGGCGGCAACACGUUGACCGGAUUCCAGGUGCCACUGACCACUCCACCUGUAUCUUCCUCAUCUCCUGCUCCCGUAACGGAUACCAUGGAGAUGUCGCCAUUGCCUCACAAAUCAGCCCAUACUUCCUACAACCUAGAUGUACAAUCACCUUCACCAGAGCCAACCCCCACCGAGCCUCCCUUUGCGGAUUGUCUUACACCACGGUCGUCUAGUCCUGUGCAGGUUGAGGAGAUGACCUUGCAGCUACCUCAGGAAAGACGGAGGUCGAACCCCUUACGUCCAUCCCUGACAAGAGCAAAAGGCUUCAGCACAACAUGCGUGCCUCAAAGAUCUCAUCCCGAGGCUCAGCUACCAUCCUUCAAAUUCGGCGGUGGUAUUCCUCGAUCCAAUCCUUCCUCUUCCCUCAAUCUUUCCGAGAUUUUCGAAGCUUCCUCACCAGUCUCGGACAAGACAAUAUCUCCUGUGGCAAGACCGGUCAUGCCUCCGAAUCGUGUUCGUCAACCAUUCCUCCUCGGCAGCAACGCACUCAAAGGUUCACCUCUGGGACAGCAUUCACGUAAGCUUUCGAAUCCCCUGGUACGACCGAGAAAGCAAUUUCGACGUUCACUGAGCAUGUUCGAGCAUCCUAACGAGGUCAUGCGGCACGAAAAGGAUGCGGCGCUGCCCAGCCUUCCACCCAUAGCGGAUACAGAGGUGCCCUGCGAGCCUCAACUUCCACAUUUCCUCAAACAGCCUAAUGAGUUGCCUCGUAUCACUAGGGAGACCAUGAUUGACGUCCUUGAUGGCAAGUACGAUACCCUAUACGAGAAACGUGUUGUCAUUGACUGCCGGUUCGAAUACGAAUAUGAAGGCGGCCACAUUCACGGGGCUGUAAACUUCAACGACAAGGACACUUUGACCAGCCAGCUCUUUGACCAUGAGCAACCCGGAAAAGCUCUCCUCAUCUUCCACUGUGAAUAUUCAGCUCAUCGAGCUCCCCUAAUGGCGAAGCACAUUCGGAACAAGGACCGUAUGGUUAACGAACAUUGCUAUCCCAGACUCAACUACCCUGAGGUCUAUAUCCUGGAUGGCGGCUAUAGCACUUUCUACAAGGAUUACAGCUUCCGCUGUUUCCCACAAAACUAUGUACAGAUGUUGGCCCAAGAACAUGCCGAUGCGUGCGAAGUUGGUAUGGGCAAGGUCAAGCAGCAACAGCGAACUAAACUGGUCCGUGCUCAAACCUUUGCCUUCGGGCAGCAUUCUCCCUCAAUUGACUCAAGCCCUACAGCAGCUAUGUGCCGGAGUCGAAACGACGAUAUUGACAUGGAUCUUGGCGACUUCACGCCAGUGCCUUCACGACCUGCUUUCAACGCUCUACAGAUGGGACGAACCCAACGGAUGUUCUCCUAUUAG